AUGCAAGCAGCCGCACAUGCUGCAGUCAUCGCCAAGGACUUUCCACGAGUGAUGGAGAGCUUUCCAUUAUCGAAUUGGUUGGCACAACGAAAGGUUAACAUGGGCAGUCUGGUGUAUGCCAGCAAACACGACAGCAGCGCUCGUCACGGGUUCUUCUACGCUCUCGCUCAAGAAGCCAACGAAUCCGAGCAAGAUAACUACUGCAAAUAUCUUUUCCGCGAAGGCCCCAAGUACAAUCUUACUCCUGAUGAACUUUCCAAUCUAGCUGCAAAUCUGUUGGGAGCUGGCGCCGACACCUCAAGCAGCACCCUUAUCACUGCAGUGCUAGCCAUGCGCGCGUUCCCAGAGACAAUGAAACCUGGAUGGGAAGAACUCAAUCGAGUAGUCGGUCAUGACCGCAGCCCGGGUGUUGGCGAUGAGUUACCAUACAUGCGUGCCUUUGUCAAAGAAGUAUUUCGCUGGCGCUCGGUUGCCAUUAUUGGAGGCACUGCGCAUGCGCCUACACAAGAUGAUAUGUGGAACGGGCAUCUCAUCCCGAAGGGCACCUGGAUUCAAGGAAACGUUUGGGCAAUACAUCACAACGAGAGAGAAUUCCCAGAACCGGAUCGCUUCAACCCGAGGAGGUUCUUGGAUACCGAGGAUGCGAGGCCGUUCCCGGGUGAAAAGGGUUAUAUGACUUUUGGUUGGGGUCGCAGGUCUUGCAAUGGACAGGCGUUGGCUGAGCAGGGCACGUUCCUGAGUGUUUGUAGGUUGAUCUGGGCGUACAAAAUCGAGCCAGCUGUCGAUGAAGAUGGAAAUGAGGUGCCGGUGGAUAUUUUUGCUUACACUAACGGGUCAAACUGGCGACCUGAGCCAUUCAAAGUCAAGUUUAUGCCUCAGAGUGAGGCGAUCAAGCGGACUAUCGAAAGAGAGGGGAAGCAGGCGCUGGAAAAUCUGUCCAAGUACGACCGCGAAACGAAGUACAGGUUCAGUACUUUUGGUAGAUGA